UCAACUUAGUCAUAGCAUCCAUCUCUUCUAUCAUUGUAGUCCCUGUCUUCUAUUCAUCUCAUCCAUUUUCUUAUCGAAAACUUUUUAUUCUAUUUCUUUCCUUAUAUAUUUUAGUUAGAAUAUAUUAAAAAGAGAUUUUAAAUAGCCAUGUUCGCCUGCAUAUGCUAUUUAGAUGACAGGCUCAUCCACUACAAAAUACCUACCCAAUUUAUCAAAGAUUUCUUCCCCAAUGAUAUUACUGACUAUGAAGAGAAGAAAGUGUACAGGGUGUUUUGGUCAAACGAACUAAAAAAAUAUCAAGAAAAUCAUGAGAGGUUGAAAUGUAUAUCCCUGCCUCCUAAGCAUUUGUGGGAGAAAGAGAAAGGGAGCAGAUACUACCGAGCGUACAUUUUGCGCCUAGGAGCCACUCUGGAAGAUUUGACACAAAGUCUUCUUGAUAAAAGGCCUUCUGUGCCAUCGAUACCUUUCCAACAUGAUCUAUCAGAAACAACGACUGAAGACGAAAUGCCAAUAACUAAAAAGGACAAGAAAAAGCAUUUUCCUAAUAAACAGUUGCAGUUAACAAGUGAUUUAUUAACAACCGUAAUAAAUGCCAGGAAAGAUGUGUUUGGCAAAACUAAGUCGCCAUUUCUAAAUAAAGUCAGUGAAAAGGAGACAACUGUAGCCCUGCAGGGAUUUCCAGUUGAGACUUCAGUUAAGGCUGUUUUAGCGCCAAGAUGUCCUGUAGAUGAUGAUAGUGAUGACGAUGAGGAAACAUCCAAUGAAGAACAUUUGAAAAGUAAAAUAUUGGAACUGGAGAAGGAGGUGGAAAGCUUAAAAAAAGAUAAUGCUGAGGUACAGCAGCUGCGUGACCUCAACAGGCAGUUGCAGAAAAAAAUUUUAGACCUUUCAGCACGAGGAAACCUGGUUCCUGCAUCUGAUGAAACUCCAGUUUUUGAAGAGCUAUCUGAGGAUAUUUCAUUUGGCAACUGCAUUACGCUUAAACGGACUAAAUGGGAAGCUAUUAAGGGCGAAAGCUCAGUUAGCAAAUUUACAAAAAGCCUAAGCGUUGCCAUCUGGACCUCAGAUGGUUUGAAGGAGAGGUCAACAACUGGAGUCAAGUGCAGGAACACAAAUGGGUGUAAAAGAAAGCUUGAAGGAGAGGAAAGUCGGGCUGUGGAAGCCAAGCAGAGGCUUACACCGGAAAAGUUGACUGUCAUAAGUUCUCUGAUGAGAGAAUAUAUGGCUGCAAAAAAAAUGAGCAUUGAAGAUAUAGAAACUAAUAUAAAAAGAAGAAAUAGAUUCAUAGCUGAAAAAAUUUCAGACUUAAAUCGAAAAAAAUAAAGAUUUUGUGAUAAA